CACAUGGCCAAGUGCGCAGGAACACGCGAGGCACGUGAAAAUGCAUUCUUUCUUCUCCACGGACAAAAAACCUUAUUUCCUUUUACUGGACACACACUUCACACACUUUCACCCGCCCCGCACACCUUCCCCGCAAGCAUAUAUUUUAUAUAUAUCACCCACUGGAGAGGAAAGAAGCGAGAGCCACAGAGCGAAAGAGACGGACCCAAUGGAAACACUCCACAUCCAGAACAGAGGGUUCGUCGCUGUCCAUGUCGGUGCCGGCCUCCAUGCCACAAGGAACAAACAGCGAUAUCUCGACGCCUGUACCAGAGCAUGUCAAGCAGGCAUCCAAUUGCUCCUCUUAGAUCCUCCCCCGACUGCCACUGACGUUGUCGAGCGUAUGAUCCGCAUCCUCGAGGACGACCCCGUCACCAACGCAGGCAGAGGCUCAAACCUGAACCUCGAUGGACACGUCGAAUGCGACGCCUCCAUCAUGAACGGAACCACCCUCGGUUUCGGAUCUAUCGGCGCCGUCUCUGACUUCAAGAACCCUAUCUCUGUGGCCGCUAAGGUGCUAAAAGAAGCCGAUCAGGGCCCUUUAUCGCUCGGGAGGAUCCCACCUCUCAUGCUCGUUGGAUCGGGUGUCAGACAGUGGGUAGAUACCAUGGGCUUUGAUACGCUCGAAAGAGUACGUCAACCCCAUUCAGUGAUUCCUGCUAAUGGAUCAGACGCUGAAGCUGCAGCUGAGAUCGCGAUGGCUGGAUCGCUUGUCACGCCAGAGUCGAUGCAUUUGCACAUCAAGUUCCAGAAGAUGCUCCAAGACGCAACUGGACAGAUAUCUGCACCUGAAGAGUCCGCAGAACUGGGUGCUAAAGGACAAAACGAAGAACGCGAACGACUAGAUUGGGUCUCGGACAUCAAUGUCAGCAAUGAGGCAAAGCGUAAAGCUCAAGACACCUCAAUACCCUCUUCGUCGUCACCGACGGGCGCUUCUUCGACAAAAAAGCGGAAUGUGGUGGAAGAAGACCAAAUGCAAGACACUGUAGGUGCGAUUUGUGUGGAUGCACAAGGGCGGAUGGCCGCUGGGGUGAGCAGCGGAGGAAUCGCCAUGAAGUUCCCAGGGCGCGUCAGUGAGGCCGCGUUGUUCGGUGCAGGGUGUUGGGCACAGGAUUCCAGUGACGACAGCGCUGGAUUCGCCUGUAGCAUGACCGGCGCGGGUGAGCAGAUUUGCAAGACCCUACUGGCCAGGACGUGCAUGGAGACGAUGGUCCAUCAGGACGAUACCGCGACAGCAGCGCAUACAGUUCUAGAAAGAUUCAAAAAUAGUCCGCUGUUGAGAAGCUACAACGAAAAAUAUGCUGGAUUUAUCGCUGUCAAGCUGAGUUCUGCAGCGGGCGACGGACAAGAUUCUUCAGAUCCGGAUUCGGAAAUGGAUAUGGUCGCGGAUGCAGCACAAACAGCCAAAAUGGAGAAAUCCCAAAGAACUGAAUUCAUUUUUGCAUACACCACCAAGACCAUGGGUGUCGCUUAUAUGUCUACUCAGGAUGCCAAGCCAACGUCGAUCAUGUCGAAGGGGAAAGAAAACUGCGGCAUAACCGUUUACACUUGCAUGGUCAAAAUGUGAAAAUAAAGGAUCAUAGUCUUUCAUUGUAAUGUACUCAAGUAUCUUUCAUGCCUAGUCAUUAUCCUAGCGCAUAUGUAUAUUAAAGUUUCGCU